AUGGGAUUUCCUCCAAAGUGGAGGAAUUGGGUUAUGGGUAUACUAUUCGCAGGUAGAGGAUCAGUAUUGGUAAACGGCUCACCAACGGGGGAAUUUCAGUAUAAAAGAGGGCUUAGACACGGCGACCCCUUAUCUCCUUUCCUCUUUAUUAUUGCUAUGGAAGCGUUACAUGUCAUGAUGGAGAAUGCAAAAGAAAAUAAUAUUUUUCAUGGUAUAAAAUUACCAAGGAAUGGCCCUUAUUUGACCCGCAUGUUGUACGCAGACGACUCUAUAUUCAUUGGUGAGUGGGAGAAUGAUAAUGUGAGAAAUCUCAAAAGAAUUCUCCGCAUUUUCUACUUAAUCUCAGGCUUAAAGUUAAAUUCGAGAAAGAGUCACUUAUACGGGGUAGGAACCAGUCAGGAGGACGUAAAGAAUAUGGCAUCAUUUUUCAACUGUAAGGAAGGUAAAUUCCCAUUUGUAUAUCUCGGGUUAAAAGUUGGAGCAAAUAUGAACAGAAUCGUUAACUGGAAGGAAAUAAUUGAUUUGUUUAACAAAAGACUUUCUAAUUGGAAGGCUAAGAAUCUAUCUUUCGCCGGUAGAGUUAUUCUUGUGAAGUCAGUUUUGGAUACGUGGAUUGGCAAUGAUCCGUUGAUGGUACAAUAUCCAAAUCUCUAUGUACUAGCAGCAAAGAAGAAAGCAAAGAUUAAGGAACUCUACAAAAGUAUGAAUGGGGGUAUAUUUUGGGAUUGGGCAUGGACCAGGGCUCCGAACACUGAUGUGGAGAAACAAGAGAUGGAUUCUCUAAAGGUACAAUUACAACAACAAAAAAUGUCUCUUGUUGGGGACUUUGGGUUUGGAGGAAUCAUGAACAUCAAGAAUUUGGUGUCAAAAAUUUGGGCGACUGGUAAGAGUACAACUUUUGUAUGGCGAGCAAUAGAUAACAAGAUUCCGUCAGCCGUGGCAUUGAGAGACAGAGGCAUAAACCUGCAGGAAGUUACCUGCAAAAUAUGUGGAGCUGGUGACGAAUCUGCAGAACAUAUUCUGCUGCGUUGCAACUUGGCGGCAAGAGUAUGGGAGGCUGUGAAAGACUGGACUAAAACUCAGUCGGUUAACAUAAAUGGCAGCAUAGGGGAACUAUUACAAUCGAUACUCGAAGGCCAAAGGAGUCGACAUAGGAGAAAAAUGUUACAUGCAAUAGCAAUACAGUCGAUGUGGAUUCUAUGGAAAAAUAGAAACGAAAAAGUUUUCACAGGCAAACUGAGAUCGGCCCAGAUGAUUAUCGGGGAUAUAAAGGACACGUCAUUCCAACUUCCAAGGUGUGAAAUUACGAUGAAAAUAUAG